GCCAACCAGCAGACCAGGCUGCCCAGAGCCACAUCCAGCCUGGUUUUGUGCCCCCUUUUGCCAUUUGGUGGACACAAAUUGUUCAAGCCAAUGGGGUGGUGGGAGUGAGCUGGGUGUGGGCAUGAUCCCAAAAUGGGACAAGGCUUCCCCAAGGGACUGCAGUGAUGGGGAUGGUGUCAGACCCAAUGCUGGUGCCCGGACGGUGUGCAGCUGUACAGUGAGAUGCUACAGGAAGCCCUGGGAGGAGUGGGGCUGAUCCCUGAUCCCAAGAGAAGGAAAAGGGUUAAGGCACUGCCUGAGAGCAGUGCACAGAGAUGCUCACGUGUCGCACCCUCUGCCUCCCCACCUCCAGCUGCAUUCCCAUUCCCUCGGCUCCUCAGAACCAGUCUGGGACUUGGGGUGGUGGGGAAAUGUGUGACAGCUGAAAAAUGAGCUGCUGGGCAGUGAGAGACAAUCUGAAAGGAGGAAUCCGCCUCGAGCAAAGAGGAUUUUAGCACCUAGGGCUGAGCCAACAGACCUCUGCCAUCCCCAUCCCACUGGGAACUGUUUGCACACUCUCCAGGAGCAGCUUAAAGCCGGCGGGACACCAGCACUGGAUUGGAGCAGGCGAAGCUGUGGGGUGAAUCCCCAGCAUGGCAGCCCUGUGCAAGCCUCCAUCCCCAUAGAACUGCCCCACUGACACCUCGCCUCGAUGGGGACAGGGUUUGGGAAGGCGCUCCCUGAGGAUGCUGCACCUCGCCCCACAGCUCUGCUCACCCCAUAGCCUGCAGCACUGGGCUGGUGGGGACAUGGCUCCCAUCCCUCGCUGGCUCCGUCCCAUGGGGUCUGUGGGCAGGGGAGGCAUCGUGGCUGUUCUGCUCUGCUGCUGCCUGCUGGGCUCUGCCCAGGCUCUGGUGGACCCUGACGAUGUUCUCACUAAGGAAGAGCAGAUUUACCUCCUGGUGGAAGCCAGACAAAAAUGUCAGAGAGAUAUCAGAGCUCAGCUGGAGAAGGUCAAAGACACCAACUGCCUCCCAGAAUGGGAUGGAAUCAUUUGCUGGCCCAAAGGCUCUCCCAGCCAGGAGGUGGCCGUGCCCUGCCCUGAUUACAUCUACGACUUCAACCAUAAAGGCCGUGCCUACAGGUACUGCAGUGCCUAUGGGACCUGGGAAGUGACCCUCAGCCUCAACAAGACCUGGGCCAAUUACACCGAAUGCGCUGUGCUCUUCUCCUCCGAGAGCCGGAGCCGUGAGAAGGUGACUGGAAGGUGCUGGGAAAGGGACAGGGAUGGGAGCAGGGCUCAGAUGACCCCCUCUGCUCCCCCAGCACUCCCAGUUCUCCCUGUGCUCUCAGCCCAGAGGCAGAAAGGACGCAGGCUGUGGGAGGUCUGGAGCAGAGCCCUUCUCUUCCAGGAGGUGUUUGACCGCCUGCACUUGAUGUAUACCACUGGCUACUCCAUCUCCUUGGCCUCCCUCAUCGUUGCCGUCUGCAUCCUCUCCUACUUCAAGCGCCUGCACUGCACUCGCAACUACAUCCACAUGCACCUCUUCACCUCCUUCAUCUGCCGGGCAGCGAGCAUCUUCCUGAAGGACGCCGUGCUCUACUCGGCCACGCUGGGCAGCGAGGCGAAGCUGAGGGAGGAGGACCUGGGGGCAGAGCUGAGCCCCUCGCCGGGCCAACGCAGCCACCUGGUUGGCUGCAAGGUGGUGGUGACGCUCUUCCUCUAUUUCCUGGCCACCAACCACUACUGGAUCCUGGUGGAAGGUCUCUACCUGCACAGCCUGAUCUUCAUGGCCUUCCUCUCCAACAAGAACUACCUGUGGGUCCUCAUCAUCAUUGGCUGGGGUCUCCCUGCUGUGUUUGUGUCCAUCUGGGCCAGUGUCAGGGCCUCCCUGGCAGACACACAGUGCUGGGACCUCAGUGCAGGGAACAUGAAGUGGAUUUACCAGGUCCCCAUCUUGGCUGCUGUUGUGGUGAACUUCUUCCUCUUCCUCAACAUCGUGCGGGUGCUGGCCUCCAAACUCUGGGAGACAAACACGGGGAAGCUGGACCCCCGGCAGCAGUACAGGCAACUGCUGAAGUCCACGCUGGUGCUGAUGCCGCUUUUUGGAGUGCAUUACGUGGUGUUCAUGGCCAUGCCCUACACCGAAGUCUCGGGGGUCCUGUGGCAGAUCCAGAUGCAUUACGAGAUGCUCUUUAACUCCUCUCAGGGUUUCUUUGUGGCUUUUAUCUACUGCUUUUGCAACGGGGAGGUGCAGGCAGAGAUUAAAAAAGCCCAUUUUCGGAGAAGCCUGGCGCUGGACUUCAAGCAGAAGGCGCGUGCCAGCAGUGCAGCAGGGAGCUGCUGUUAUGGUGGGCUGAUGUCCCACGGCACCACCAGCUUCAGUGUGAGCCUGACAGGGCGAGGGCCGGGGGGCUCACAGCCCCGGGGGCUGCUCCUCCCUGCCCGUGGCAGCCUGCCAGGCUACACCCCCAGCUCCUGUGCUGCAGACCUUUUGUCUCAUCUGACGCAGGAGAUGAGCCAGAAAACCUGCAGGGAAAACACCUUGGGCUUAAAAGACCUGGAUGAGAGUCAACCCAAUCUGAACAAAGAGCUGGAGACGAUGCUAUGAAGCGAACACUGCAUCUCCCAGCUGGACUGGUCUUUGUGUUCUGGGCAACUUUUGUGCUUGCAUGGAGAGCUGGGGCAGGAGAUAGCAGCUGAAUCAACUCAUUGCCCUUUUCCUCACAGCCAGUGUGCCAAGAGACCACGUGCUCCUGCUCCUUCUUGUACCUAUCUGGCCUAAAAACGAGCAGCAGUUCAAAACUUAAUUUCCUUCCACGUGCAGGUGAUGCUGUAUGUGAUGUCUGCAUGCAAAGCCUUGAAUCAUCACAGGAAACAGUCCUCCAGGCUCAAUGCCUUAUUGUGAUGCUCUGGAAAGUGACUUCAGCUCCAGCACAUACAAAAUUGAGCUGAUGAUAUCGUACCCUUUAAGUCUGACUCCUCUGUUCAGCACCCAUUCCUGCUGUACAGUGUGAGAGGGGCAGAGCAGCUCACCCCACCCUCACCUACAUCCCUGUACACCCCAUGGAUGUGUGCAGUCAUCAGUUACAGGAGGACAGCUGAGCGUGUGAAGGGCUGGAAGCCCAGCCAGCAUCACAGCCCCCAGCUCUGCCCUCCCUGCUCGUUCCUGGGGCACAGCCAGCCCAGCUCCCUGCUGCCCCCCCUGCGAGGCAAUGCUCACUGCUGGGUAAAGACACUCCUGAGAACACUGCGAUGCUCUGCCCAGACAGAUGGGUGGGAGAGAAUUACAGCACUGUUGGGAGUGGGGAUAUACUUGUGCUAAUGAGACAGUAAUUUCAUAAUAAAGAUAGUGACAGAGAGCAUGUGAAUAAUUGUGUGCGCAUUCAUAGACCUUUCCAGUGAAAAGCUAAGAUGUAAGCAGUCACAAGGAUUAGAAAUCAGUGGGGGAACCACCAGUCAGGGGCCAUCAGGGCAGAGAAGGGCACCAGGUCUGGAAGAUGGCACAUCUUCAUCACCUCCCACUCUUUUUGCUUCACUGUGAAGCACGAGAGGCAGGGGGUGACUGAGGCAGGAGCAGGAUUAAACUUUACAGACAAACCUGAGCUUCUUGUAGUUGAUUUGUUCAGCUGAUUUGUGCUCUUUACUCUUUAGAAGAAAGCACAGCAUGGCACUGCAAGGAGAGAGACUCUUUUUGGGGGUAGUUGGCAUGCAGCUCACACUGCUACCUUGUUCUGUGGAAGAGGAAUCAGCCCUGUUAUCCAUCUAACAUGGACCUGUGAACUGACAUUUAUAGCUCUCUGCCACUGAUCAAUAUUUACUCAUCCAAGUCUCUGGGGGCUCCUGGUAGCUGAGAGAGGAGUGAGGAAUUUCAGCAAUCCUAUCAAAACAGCAGAGGGAUGCAUUUAAAAGAAGGGGAGAAAGCACAUGCUACAGACAGGCCAGUUCCCAAAGGCAGCAACACGAAACCAAGGGGGGGGAGCAGAUGGCAGCUUCAGAUUAUAGAGCCAUUUUUUGGUUUUGGAACUCAAAUCUUUAACUGUGAUAAACACUGGGUGUGAUAAGGAAAGGGGAAUCCAACAAAGGCUCCUGAACACCUGCCACAGGAGAUCAUCCUCAUCUUAAUACUGACUACUAAAUAAACUCCUCAGUCUUGCAGAGUUCAAACCAGUGCAAAAAGUGAUGGGAUAAUUCAAGUGGAAGCUGUUCUAAAAACUGUAUCAGAGCUGUUUAUGAGGGGGCCUGAAGAGUCAAACUUGAACUGAAUUGAGGACAUUUGCAAUGCGAGGCACAUCACAAGUGUUGCUGAGUUCUCUUUCCAGCCCUAGGACGACUCUGAAAGGUUGGGAUAAGCAAUGUGCCCUGCACUUCUCCACUUGUAAAAUGGGAUAACCCAAAUCCCAGGCAGCUUUGGAGCCUAAAUAUGGUUCUCAAAUCUGUUUGAGGUAAAAGACGGUGAGAAAGAACAUGGAAUUAUUUUCUCAGCUACUUCUGGUGAAAGAAAGGGACACAGUCAGAUCUCCAAUAGGACGAAUCUCUCCCAGUGCCAGGAGAGCCAAAGGAAAAAGUGGAGAAUGAAAAGCACGUGCCAGGUGUUUUGUCUCAGUAAUAAAACAUUUACUAAAGCAAGCAGAAAGCAAAUGCACAGUGGAUAAAGAAAACAUCACAGCGUCACAAAAACCUGACAGUUUCUGAUAUUUCUCUGAGCAGAAACAAGACAGAGGUGAGUGCUGACGUGUUUCAACACAAGAGCUCCUCCUUACCUUCAUGGCGCAAACAAAAAAGAAGUUAAAAAACAGAUAAUGCACACAAUGAGUUAAAAACGGGCAAGCAAGAUUUUACAGUUUUAACUACACGUGUCCAAUGUGGGGUGAUAUUUGAGCUGUUCCACUCCAUCAAUUGCUUUUCAGGUUCUCCCUAAAGGCUUCUGAGCAGCAGGUCCCUGAAUUUCGGAAUGAAGCCCCUUCAUUGAGCUUCAUUUCAUGGGGGGGCACCAGACUUUGAUUGCUGUGGGCAUAUCUACAUUUUUUUUUUUUCUUCCCUUUUUUAUUUGUUUUUACUUUGAAGAAAGCAAUCAGCCCUCUCAUAACAGAGGGUGCAUAGGCACAGCAGAGAGACAACGUUUGCUAUGCAGGCUUCCACCCAAAUGAAGGUUAUUGGGAAAAAAAAAGAGGUUCUUUACAAGGAAAAAAAAGACCUGGGCAAUAGGAUUGCUGUACUGACCACAGACAAAGCAGGGAUUUCACCCCUACUUGUGACAUUGUGGUUAAUUGGGCUGGAGAAGGAUCCUUU